GUUGCACUUUGAUCAGUCCCUGCAGCUCGAUCCAUGCGAGGACCUGCCAGUCCUGCAGCUCCCGUCGGUUCAGGACUACGUCCUCUUCCUCCUCAGCCACCAUGUCCACGUCUGUGCAGACGGAGCCGGCGAUGGAGAGGAGCUACGGAGGAGUCGGCCGCUGCAAGUGUUCCUUCUGGCUGGCGGUGGCCCACGACAUCCUGGGGGUCCUGGUCAUCAUGGUGGGGGUGUUCGGCGGGCUGCUGAUCCACGACGUCUUCAUCUACGGCGGGGCCAUCAUCAUCUUCCUCAGCUUGAUCUGGUGGGUGUUUUGGUACUCGGGGAACAUCGACGUGCCGCCGGAGGAGCUGGAGGACGACGUGGACCUGAUGAAGAAGAAGAAGCGGAGGCUGAGCCGGGCCGUGCGGCGCGUCUCGGACCGUCUCUCCAACGGGAUCAGGAACUCUUUCAGAAAGAAACGCCGUCUAGAGGAAGAGGAGCCGUCAGGCGCCCCUGGGCCCUCCAUCUCUGAUGAGGAAGAGGAGUCGAAAUGUCUGAUGAAGGACGAGGAGAAUUCAGUUUCUCUGCCUGAUGUGUAGCGGGAACAUUUGUUGCUGCUUUUCGUUUCUCAUGUGGACACCGAGCUGCAGGGCUUGGAACGAGGAAAACAAAGAGAGGAGGCUGAAGCAGGAGCUCCUGAACCCAGAAACAUGCCUGAGAAGGUUAAUCUGCAGCUGCCUUAAAGCUUGUAAUAUAAAUGCAAUUAUUUAGCAGUAAAAACCACCAACAUUUAGCUUGUUUAUAGUUUUUGAGUGAAAUUAAAAGCUGUACGAAUAUUAUACAUUUACUUUUUUUUUCCAACUUUAAAUGUACAAACAAACAUGGCAAUUAAUAACUGUGCAAAUCCACAAUGGACAAAACAACGACAUACUGAGGUAUUUAAGCACCAAAUGAAAACAUAAUUAAAUUAAGAAAACACAACAAAAAAAGACCUAAAAUAACUUAAUUAUAAGGAAAA